UUCUGUGUGCGCUCUCUAUCUCUCAAAAAGACCAAAAGACCACCGGGUGCUCCAAUGGUAACAAUUGCACUGACGACACAAAUCCAACUUCCUCCCGUUUUCCGAUCUUUUUCCAAAACCUCUCCUUAAUGCCCUUGCAAUCAAAGCCCUCCUCCAUAUAAUCCCUUCUCUUUCACUCCCCCUUCCCUUCUCUUUCUACAAUGGGAUCUCUCCAGAUCACCAUCUCCUCCCUCCUCUCAUGGAUUCCAUUACUCACUGCUGCUUCAGUCAACCCCUCCUCCCAAAACCCCCCCACACCAAUCUUGACCUGUAACUGUUGACAGAACCCAAGAAGAAGGAGGAGGAGGGAAAGACAGAGCCGAAGCAGGGUCCUCCUGCUCCGGAGACCGAGAGAUCUGGUUGCCAACAUCACAUCCAGUCCCUUUUUCUUUCUUGGAUCCGAACGGCAAUGGAGGAGAGCGACAGGAAGCUGAUUUUCCAGAAGUACGAGAUGGGGAGGUUCCUGGGGAAGGGAACGUUCGCCAAGGUCUACUACGGCAAGAACCUCCAGACCGGAGAGAGCGUCGCUAUUAAGGUCAUCAGCAAGGACCACGUCCAGAAGGAAGGCAUGAUGGAACAGAUCAAGCGCGAGAUCUCCGUCAUGAGGCUCGUCCGCCACCCGAACGUCGUCGAACUGAAGGAGGUCAUGGCCACCAGGACCAAGAUCUUCGUAGUGAUGGAGUAUGUUCGCGGCGGCGAGCUCUUCGCCAAGGUGGCGCGGGGGAAGCUGAAGGAGGAUCUCGCCCGCAAGUACUUCCAGCAGCUCAUCUCCGCCGUCGACUUCUGCCACAGCCGCGGGGUCUCGCACCGCGACCUGAAGCCGGAGAACCUGCUGCUUGACGAGAACGGGGACCUCAAGGUCUCCGACUUCGGCCUCUCGGCCCUGCCGGAGCAGCUCCGCCACGAUGGGCUCCUCCACACACGGUGUGGCACGCCAGCCUACGUCGCCCCCGAGGUCCUGCGGAAGAAGGGCUACGAUGGGUCGAGGGCGGAUAUCUGGUCGUGCGGUGUGGUUCUGUACGUCCUCCUCGCAGGGUUCCUGCCAUUCCAGGAUGAGAACGUGAUGAAGAUGUACCGAAAGGUGUUCAAGGCCGAGUUUGAGUUCCCGCCAUGGUUCUCGACGGACACGAGGCGGCUUGUGUCGAGGCUGCUUGUGUCCGAUCCCGAGAAGCGGAUCACAAUCCCUGCAAUAAUGCGUAACCCCUGGUUCCGGAAAGGAUUCUGCCAGCCAUUGGCUUUCUCGAUUCCAGACCCGGGAUCAGAGAACCCAUCGGGCGAGAGAGAAGCAGAGGAGGAAAAGCUAGCGAAUUCAGAGUCGAUUAAAUCCAAUAAGGUCCCGUCGUCCCCGAAGUUCUUCAACGCAUUCGAGUUCAUCUCAUCGAUGUCUUCGGGCUUCGACCUGUCGAGCCUCUUCGAGACAAAGCAGAAGGCCGGGUCCAUGUUCACCUCUAAGUGCUCGGCAACAUCGAUCAUGUCGAAGAUCGAGGGGCUUGCGAAGGGGUUAAGCUUCAAGGUCGCGAGCGUGAAGGACUUCAAGAUAAGGCUGCAGGGACCAGUUGAGGGGCGGAAGGGGCGGCUGUCGGUGACAGCGGAGGUCUUCGAGGUGGCGCCAGAGGUCGCGGUGGUUGAAUUCUGCAAGUCGGCCGGGGACACGUUGGAGUACUUGAAAUUCUGCGAAGAAGACGUUAGGCCUGCGCUCAAGGACAUAGUUUGGUCGUGGCAAGGGGACAACAUUAGCCACUGCAAUGGAACCGUCGCCGAAGGUGAAGAACUACAGAGGCAAGCGUUGAUUUCCUAAUGACAAGUCUUAACAUCGUUAUUAAUUUUGGGGGUUUCACAAUUUUACUCACCCUCCUAUGCUUUUUUGUGGGCAUUGCUUGGUUUGAUUUCGAUACGCUCUUUCGCACUGGGAUAUAGAACUUUCCAUGUGAUAUUGCUGUACAUAGUUGUGGGUGAAGAACAAGUUGUGGCUUGGAAUGAUACAUGAGUAGCCAGUUGUACUGAUUGAAGACAGUUCACAAAGGAGAUCUUUGGGUGCAUAUUUAGUUGUA